AUGGUACAAACAUGGACACCACCCGAUCUAUCACAACCUUGUGCUGUUCAUACUAAUUUAACAACCUGUCAACCUUCGACUUUCUUGUUUUUGCAAUUAGUGGCGAAUUUAUUCGGGUAUUCACCGGACGCGAAGAACAAAUACGGAUACGAUUAUGACUUUAGUUCGGGAUUUUCUUCGUGGGAUUUUACAAACCCUUUCCAUAGUGCCAAACCGAAACAAGAGGAAUACGACUUUAUUAUUGUUGGUGCUGGAAGCGCAGGAUGCGUUGUAGCUAACAGACUGACAGAAAUCGAGCAUUGGAGGGUGCUGUUGUUAGAAGCUGGGGAUGAAGAACCACUUGUCGCAGAUGUUCCUGCAUUUGCCCCAAUGCUGCAAGGAUCUAGCAUUGAUUGGAUGUAUGAGACACAGCCUUCGCCAAAAAGUUGUCUUGCUAGGGACGAGGGAAGAUGUACAUGGGCCAGAGGCAAAGUAAUGGGUGGAUCGUCAACUAUAAACUACAUGAUUUAUAUAAGGGGUCACCCAGAAGACUAUGAUGAGUGGGAAUAUAUGGGCAAUCAUGGAUGGUCAUAUAGAGAUGUUUUGCCGUAUUUUAAAAAAUCUGAGGAUAAUAAGAAUCAUGAUCAUGAAAAAAUAGAUCCUCAUUAUCAUGGUGUAGGGGGCUAUCAAACAGUCGAAUUUUUUCCUUACCAAGACAAGAAUACCCUUGGACUACUUCACUCUUAUGAAGAACUAGGUCUACCAAAAGUUGAUCAAAAUAGCGAACACCUUAUCGGUACUAUGCUGUUACAACACACUACAAGACAUGGUGAACGAUUAAGUACAAAUGGAGCCUUUAUAAGGCCGAUUAGAAAUAAAAGAAAAAACUUAACUAUUAGAACUAACGCUCAUGUUACGCGAAUACUAAUAGAUGAAAAAACUAAGAAAGCGUAUGGUGUAGAAUAUUUUAAUAAAGGGAAACUUGUUCAAGUAGUAGCAAAGAAAGAAGUCAUUUUAUCAGCAGGAAGUAUUAACUCACCGAUAUUAUUAAUGUUAAGUGGCGUGGGUCCAGCAAGUCAUUUGCAGGAAAACGGAAUUAAAGUUCUUAAAGACUCAGCUGUAGGUUUUAAUUUGCAAGAUCACACCACGAUAGAUGGUGUUGUGUUUGGUUUAACUAAUCACACUGCUACCCUGGUCGACGAGAACCAAAUGAAAGCCGAUACAUAUUAUUGGAAAAACAAAAGAGAUGGACCAUUAGCAUCAACAGGUGCACUACAAACAAAUGCUUUUAUUCAGACAAAAUUUGAAAAUAGUCAUGAUAGACCAGACAUUCAAAUUUCCAUUGACUCUGUGAAUACAGAUAAUUUUUUCACUGAUCCUAUUCUCAGUUAUAAUACUGCAGUUUUACCACUGGCUUACUAUAGUGGGAUGAUGGCAAGACCGAUAUUGCUUAAUCCAGAAUCAAGAGGAAGAAUAUUGUUGAACCAGUCCGAUCCCAUUUUCGGUACUCCUCUUAUCUACGCAAAUACUUUCUUUGAAGAAAUAGAUUUACUUAGAAUUGUUGAGGGAAUAAAACAAAGCCUAAAUCUUGAAAGGACCAGUUUCUUUAAACACGCGGGAAUACGACUUGUACGAACACCUUUACCAGCUUGUCAACAUGUACCCUUUGGCACGGACGAAUAUUGGGCAUGCAUAGCCAUGGCCUAUACCACUACUAUUUUCCAUCCUGUUGGAACAUGUAAAAUGGGACCGCAUCAUGAUGAAAGUGCAGUAGUUGAUUCUCACUUAAGAGUCUACGGCAUCAAAUCGUUACGAGUUAUAGAUGCCUCUAUUAUGCCUAAAAUUGUAAGGGGGAACACGAAUGCACCAACUAUUAUGAUAGCUGAAAAAGGAAGUGAUUUCAUUAAAAAAACAUGGUUAAAAGAAGAACAUCAUAACGAAAAAUCUCACACGGCCAAAUAUAGUAGUAAUUCUUUGUUUGAUUUUGGAAAUUUCUUCGAAGUCAAUUUUUAA